CAACCAUCAGCCACCGCAGCAACCCACCUCCAAAGACCAGUCAACCUCACCGGAGAGAAGACAAGAGAGAAAGGAGAAGAUGUCGGGGCGCGGCAAGGGCGGCAAGGGGCUGGGCAAGGGCGGCGCCAAGCGCCACCGGAAGGUCCUCCGCGACAACAUCCAGGGCAUCACCAAGCCGGCGAUCCGUCGUCUUGCGCGUCGCGGCGGCGUGAAGCGCAUCUCAGGGCUCAUCUACGAGGAGACCCGCGGCGUGCUCAAGAUCUUCCUCGAGAACGUCAUCCGCGACGCCGUCACCUACACCGAGCACGCCCGCCGCAAGACCGUCACUGCCAUGGACGUCGUCUACGCCCUCAAGCGCCAGGGACGCACCCUCUACGGCUUCGGAGGCUAGGCUCCUGCCAGCCAGAUCCAGCUCGCACCGCUUGAUUGAUCAGAUUAACAGUAGCUAGGCAUUGUUCAGUGUUAAUGGUGAUGGAUGUAAUCUAUGAUGUAUGCUGCCUUUUCGUUUGAAUGGAUCAAAUCGCAGUUAGUUACCCUUAA